UUUUAAUGUAUAUAAAGUUGGUAUUAUUUAAACGUCAGUGUCAAGAAAAUUUAAAACUCAACGGACAAAUUAGAAAAAACAAAUUUUGUUGAACUUAAAUAAUUUUCUUAUAUAACAUUAAUAAUAUGGCUGAAUUUAAAACACCAACAAUAAAAAGAUGUAAGACUAGAAUAGAAGAUAAUCCAGAAUUGCAAACACCUAUUAAAAUACCAGCCUCACCGUUUUUACAACAAAUAGGUUAUGGAUGUGGAGUUACUGUAUUUAGUUUGGAACGAUCACCAAAAGUUGGUUUUAUUCGUUCACCAUGGGCGAUAAAAAAACGUAACUCCAAAAUUGUAGAAGAUAAAAAAUAUAAUGAACGUAUUCAAUUUGAAGCGAAAAUACUUCGUAAAUUAAAUCAUCCAAAUAUUAUUGGUUUUCGAGCUUUUAGUAAACUUCCAAAUGGUGAACCAUAUUUGGCAAUGGAAAAAUUGGAUGCUUCUUUAGGUGACAGAAUAGAACAAAAACUUGAUAUUGAUGAUGAUCCAUUUCCUGCUAAUGAUAUUUUAAAAAUAAUGUAUGAAAUUACAAAAGGAUUAGAAUAUUUACAUCAUAUUGCUUAUAUUUUACAUGGUGAUAUAAAAAGUUAUAAUAUAUUAAUUUCUUCAGAUUAUAAAAUAGUUAAACUAUGUGAUUUUGGAGUAUCUUUACCACUCACAGAAACUUUAGAAGUAGAUACUUCAAAUGGAAAUUUCAACUAUAUAGGAACCGAAUGUUGGAGUGCUCCAGAAAUAAUAUUUGAAGAUGGUCCUGUUACAAAUAAAGCAGACAUUUGGGCAUGUGGUCUUGUAGUUUGGGAGAUGAUAGCUUUAUCAGCACCUCAUAUAGAAUCCUCAGAAAUGGAAGAUUCUUAUCUAGAUGAUUCAAUGUUAGAAAUGAAAAUGAAAAACAAUAUAACAAAUGAAUGUGAUACCAAUAUGGAUGACAGCAAUAGUUUUCUUAAUAAAAUAGUCAAUACAAAAUAUGGUACUCGUCCUUCAUUACCUGCUAUUAAUCUAGGAAAAGAAUAUGAAAAAGUACUUGAAGUAUUUUUUGCAUGCACUACUACAGAUUAUAAAGUUAGGCCUAGUGCAAAAGGUCUUGUUAAUUACUUUGAAAAUUAUGUAUUUAACAGUAAAAAUAAAAAAUCCAAAGAUAGCUUGAAAAAAUUCAUGACAAUAUUCUCAAGCAUAUAAUAUCAAUAUCAAUAGAUUCUUAUAACAUUAGAGUCUGAUAUUUUUGUUUGGAAGUGUAAUAUUUUACGUUGCAUUUCUCAAUGAAUGCAAUUGGUCAGUCAGUUUCCCGCUUUCGAAUGGACGCCAAAAUCUUUUAUACAAUUUUUUACAGCUCUUACGAGAUGUUUUAUGAUAAACUGUCAAUAAAGUUUUUUGUUGGUUUAUAUCGUAAUGAAACAUUAAAAUCGUUAUCGAUACGUAUUCAAAAAAUGAUAACCUGAGGCUGUAAUUUUUCUUUAUCAAGUGAUAAGUUAAGGUUAUGUUUAUAUUUGUAAGCUAAGGAAAUGUGAUAAUAAUUGUAGUUUCGUUUAAAAUAAUUUAAACUUAAUACAAUUGUUACCAU